CCGAGCAGACCACAGACCGCACAGUACUAUUGACCGACGCUGCGACAGAAAAGCGGUGAUCCCGGACAUUAGUGAGACUUUCUGGACAAUCAACCAUGGAUGCCAUCUUCCGCUGCCCGUUCCUGUCCCAUGUCCCCCAAACCUUCCUGCAGCAGGCUAGAAAGUCCUUGGUGGCGAACACAGUGAAGUGUCCCGUCAUGAUGGACCUCGCGUCGAGGCCACUGGUGCGCUCGCUCUGCUCCACACCCUCCAGCUUCCAGAAGGUCAGGAGCAUGACGCCAGCCGGCGAGGAAGUGAAAGAGGUGCCCAAAGUGCCUGCGGGUCACCCUGUGCCGCCUGCGGGUCAAGCGGCUGUCUCCAAAUGCCCGUUCCUGGCGGCUGAGAUGGGGCAGAGGAACAGCAGCGUGGUGCGGCAGGCCAGCAUGUGCAGACAUUUUCAGGAGGACAUUUCUGAAGUUCGCACCGUGUGCAAAGACGUCUCUCCAUCUGAGCUGAAUCCUUUGGUGAAGGACACCAAGAUCGGAGGAAACCUGAUGAAGAAGCUGAUGAAGCAGCGGCCCACUCGGGUCUCUCAUUUGCUGCAGGAGAACAUGCCCAAAACCGUGUCCAACUUUCGCUAUGACGAGUUCUUCGAGAAGAAGAUCGAGGAGAAGAAGGAGGAUCACACGUACCGCGUGUUUAAAACGGUGAACCGUAGAGUGACGGAGUUCCCGAUGGCGGACGAUUACACCAGGUCCCUGUCCUUCAAGAGAAGCGUUUCUGUGUGGUGCAGCAACGGCUAUCUGGGCAUGAGCCGCCACCUGCGGGUGCUGCAGACCAUAAUGGACACGCUAGGGAAACACGGUUCAGGAGCGGGAGGUACUCGAAAUAUAUCGGGGACGAGUAAGGUUCACGUGGACCUGGAGCACGAGCUGGCCGAUCUCCACGGGAAGGACGCGGCCUUGCUCUUCACCUCGUGUUUCGUGGCCAAUGACUCCACGCUCUUCACGCUGGCUAAGAUGCUGCCCGGUGAUUAUUCCCGUUUCAUGUUUUGCAUGAAGCAUGUUCUCGCAAAAUCUCAUUACUCUAAUACAAAAACGAUAAUUUAA